GAGGGAGAGAGUUGAGAAUUGAGAUGUAUAGUACAAUGCAGAACAACCAAAUAAGGUAUAUGUAUAGUUUAUUAUAUGAGCGAGAUAGUAUUAGUAAUUUAGUAUAACAAAGCAAGUUGUGAACAUAAAAGGUCAGGGUAUUAGAGAAAAAAACUCUCAUCCAUAUAUUAUAUUAUUUACAGGAAACACAAUCUAAUUUUGGUUUUUGCUUUUCUUGGUAGUUUGUUUUUUAAGGUUGAAAAUCUGUAAAAUAGGGAGCGCAUUUACUGCUGGAAAAAAAUAAUUAUAUCUAGAUCCAGCCUUCUAACCAUUCUUGGAUGCUCCCAACAUAUUCAACACCCAACUUUUCUGAGAAUCAUCCAACUUCAUGAUUCAACAAUCUCAACCUUCCCUUCAUUCUGGUAUUGCCUGUGUGAUGGACUUGGGCCAUCUACCUGAUCAUUGUCACGACGCGUUUCAUGGACCUUCUAGAGGCAAAAUAACUUGUGAUAUUCCUUAGAAACGAGCUUGGCUUAUAGAACAAACUUGGCCUUGCAAAUGCCUUCUUCCCAAUCAACACCAGCUCAAAAGUCUUCCUCGGAGAAAUUACACGAAGAUCAAGAAUCAAACAUGUCUACAGAGAGCUCAGUCACCUGCAUUUAUCAAGUCAUGUUAGCAGCCUGCCUUAGGAAUAUCAUCAUAACAUGGUCUAAAACUUCCACCAUUCAUUCUCUCACCAUUACAGUUGAAAAUCACUCUGAUGAAAACCACCAAACUUGUCAAAUUGAUUUCCAAAGCGGGCAGUUUUGGAGCAGGAAAGGCCUCAAAUCUCUGAGCGUUGAUGAGACCGACAGAGUAGACAUUUUCUGGGAUUUCAGAGCUGUGAAGUUCUCCACCAAUCCCGAGCCUUGCUCCAAUUACUAUGUUGCCUUUGUGUUUGACAAACAGGUGGUUCUGUUACUAGGUGACUCUAAGGAUGAGGCAUAUAAGAGAACCAUGGGGAGGCCAUCGCAAGUAGGUCCGACACUUCUUCAUAAAGAGGAGAUCUUGUAUGGGAACAAUUGCUUCUACACACAGGUGUUGCUCGGUGAUGGGCCUAAGGAGCACGACAUUGUGAUAAAUAACCCUUCAAAGAUGCCUGAUGAACCUGAGCUUAAGAUCAGCAUUGAUGGGAGAGCGGUGGUUCAAGUAAUGAACCUCAGUUGGAGGUUCAGAGGCAAUGAGACAGUGUUGGUGAAUAAUGUACCGGUCCAAAUAUUUUGGGAUGUACAUGAUUGGUUGUUUAGUAGCAGUCCAGGAACAGGUCAUGGAUUGUUCAUCUUCAAGCCAGAGUCGCUUAAAAAUAUAUUAGAUGAUGAUAAAAGUCAUAAGGGUAAUAGAGAAAAGAAAAACCGCGAUGAAGAUUAUGUAACAUCAGCUGUUGGAUGCUGUCAUUUUGUAUUUGCUGUCAAGACUCAAGGUUGUCUGAAGGAAAAUAUAACUUAGUUUUAUGCCAAUUAUGGACAAUAUAAAAUUUUGCACAGCCAGGUUUUUGUUUUGUAAUCUUAUUAGGAAUAUUCAUUACAACCCAACACCCAUCAUUGAAG